AAUAGCGUAGUCGGUCACCGCGGGGACGAGUCACGAUCGCAGCGUAGACGAGGGAUGUUGUGUACCGAAGCGCGCGGAGGUGUGUGUGUGUGCGUUAGUGAGCGAGCUCUUGUGAACGGCUGUGCUCUGCUGUGACGGAGAUGAACGCAGUGGUUUGUGUUGCAAAGGAAAUCACAAUAAGGUGCAGUUGGUGAGAUGAGGAAAAAUUUGGGAAAAUAGCUUUGGUGGUGUUUUUUUGGAAAUCGAAAAAACUGUGAGUGCCUUUUUUUAAGUUUGGAAGAAAAGACCAGAGAGACGGUUUUCAGAAAGGUCGCCGGUGUUGUGCUUUUCGAAGGAGGGAAGAAAGUGCUAAGUGAGUUCAUCGUAAUUUUUUUUUUCCUUAUAAGGAAAAGACAUCUGUGUUAUCUUCCGGGAGAAAAGAAAUUGAGAUCCUGGAGGCAUUAUUAGAAAGGCAAUUUUGAGAGACUAUGGGAAUGUGUUGAUCGAAAAGGGAAAUUAUUUUUUUACCCGGGAAGAAAAAAAAGUGAUUGCAGUGUGAGAAGCAGAAGAGAGCAAUAAAAAGAAGUGUGUAAAAGAGUGAAAAGUGCAGAAGACGCGAGGUAUUGGCAGUGUCUCCGGCCGGCCAGCGGAUACAAUGACCAGGCCGUAGUGUUGCGUGAGCCGGCGUGCGCACGCGCGUGUUUGUGUGUGUACCUCAGUCUCUUUUUUCCUGUCUUCUCCCCGACACUUGUCAAUCAUGUACGCCUACGCCGGGGCUUAUUCGGGGGCUUAUAUGGGCGUAGGGUCCGGGGUGGGCGGCCUCUCCGGGGGCAGCAUGACCGCCCCCGCCGCCCAUCACCAGGUGCUGGCCACGCCCACGCCCCUUCCUGCCGCGGCAGCCGCCGCUGCAGCCGCCCAUACCAUGACGACCAGCCUCCCGCCCACGACGACCAAGAGGAGAUCGGACGAGGAGGAGAGCUCUGGAUCCAAAUAUGGCCGGAUGGAAUCAGCGGACGAUAGUAUGCAGGACAAGGAGAGAUUUGCCAGGGAGAAUCACUGCGAGAUCGAGCGCAGGGAGAACCACUGCGAGAUCGAGCGGCGGCGACGGAACAAGAUGACGGCGUACAUCGCGGAGCUGAGCGACAUGGUGCCCACCUGCUCGGCCCUCGCGCGCAAGCCCGACAAGCUCACGAUCUUGCGCAUGGCCGUGGCGCACAUGAAGGCACUCAGGGGUAUGGAGAUUGCCAACGGGAAUGGAAUGGGAACAGGAAAUACCAAUGCAGAUGGAACUUACAAACCAUCAUUCCUCACCGACCAAGAGCUGAAGCAUUUAAUCCUGGAAGCGGCGGACGGCUUCCUCUUCGUGGUGGCCUGCGACACAGGACGUAUCAUCUAUGCCUCAGACUCGGUCACUCCAGUCCUAAACCAGCCACAGAGUGACUGGUUCGGAUCCAGCGUCUACGAACACGUGCACCCAGAAGACGUGGAGAAAGUAAGAGAACAGCUGAGUACCCAAGAGCCAGCCAACCAAGGACGUAUUCUCGAUCUCAAGACUGGAACUGUCAAGAAGGAAGGCCAUCAGUCAUCAAUGAGACUGUGUAUGGGCUCCAGACGUGGAUUCAUUUGCCGCAUGAAGGUUGGUGCAGUUACUCCGGAGAACAUGAAUUCUGGUCACCUAAAUCGGCUGCGUCAGAGAAAUUCCUUAGGCCCCGCAACUGACGGACAUAACUAUGCUGUCGUCCAUUGCACAGGUUACAUCAAGAACUGGCCUCCUACAGGCGUGCAGAUGGACCGAGCUGAAGAAGAGGCUCACGGAUCCACCCACUGCUGCCUUGUGGCUAUUGGCCGCCUUCAGGUUACCUCGGCACCAAACACCUCAGAUCUCAUGGGAUCAAACUCGCAAAAUGAGUUCAUUUCUCGUCAUGCCAUGGACGGCAAGUUCACUUUUGUCGACCAGCGGGUUAUGACAGUCCUGGGAUAUUCGCCACAAGAGCUGUUGGCCAAGCCAUGCUUCGACUUCUUCCACCCAGAGGAUCAGACGCACAUGAAGGAAAGCUUCGAUCAGGUAUUAAAACUGAAAGGCCAAGUGAUGUCGGUUAUGUACCGCUUCCGUGGAAAGAACCGAGAGUGGGUUUGGCUGAGGACCGCCGCCUUUGCAUUCCUCAACCCAUACACAGAUGACAUUGAGUACAUUGUCUGUACAAAUAAUGCAGCCAAAACUGUCCAAGGAGGCGGUGAAAUGAGUGCCAACACGGAGCACCAGGAAGUCAGUUCGGUCAGCAGCCAGUAUGGCACCCACCCGCCAGGCUUGGAAUACUCUUUACAGCGGCAGAGAGGAGGAGAACUGUACCCACACAUGGUCCAGUCACACAUUCACAGCACUGAUCUUCCUGAUGAUGGAACCUUCCAAAUAACAGGUUCUGGGAGACCGAGUAGUACCCAGGGUGUGUACAGUGGCUAUGAGGCUGGGGCUUCACCCUUAGCUGGCUACUCCCCAACCACCCCUCAGGCCGCUCCACUCACCUCCCAGUCCUCCUCCAGCCUUCCACGCAACACAAAGUCGUCCUCGCCUCCAUCUACGGCACAGGCAACUGCUUGGUCCAAUCCACACAUCAGACAGAGUGGUGACGGGUACACUUACAGUAGCAACAUGAGCCCAUCCCGCUCUCCCUCCACCCCCUCGUACACUCCCCGUUCUCUGCCGUCGUACACUCCAGCAGCUGGCUCCUCAGGAAUGUGGCAGUAUCCCAGCAUAGGUGCGGAGGGGACGAGCGCAGGCCCAUCCACCAGUUCAGGCCACCCGGGCACUGCCUCAGGUCACCACCCAGGCAGUGGAGCUCCAGGCACUCAGCCAGAGCUCACCGACAUGCUGCAAAUCCUCGACCAGUCUGGAGCCACGAGCUUUGAUGACCUAGGAAACAUGUUCAAUACAAACUUUGAAUGAGGAACCCAGAGUGUAGUGUUGCCCCUCACAAAAGACUCAAGUGCGAGUGCUUCGACCGUUGCUGCUACUCGUAAGGUGAAUUCGUAAGGGAGAGUCUUGGUAUCCACCCACUACAACAUUGUUCAUUUUUAUGUCUCAACAAGUGCCUCAACGACAGUCUGAUCAGAUUCGGUAAUUCCCACAUAUUUUUUGUAGGUAGGCCUCUUUCUACUUCGCGAAGGUAUGAUGUCAGAAUUGUUUAUUUAGUGGAAAGUUCAAAUAAUAAUGGAUACUGGAACUCCCUUAACAAAGUAGCUUCCAGAUUAGUUGCUGUCAACUGGGACAAUGCCUGAUGUACUGUACAGGCAGGACAUUUGAGAAAAAAAAACAAAAAUAUGUUGGCCUAUGCAUAUUUACAGUGACAGGUACUUAUCUGUCAUAAUGGGUAAACCAUUAUUAUUGUAUCUUUUAAAGUGUAAUUAGGUAAUUUUUUUAAUAUUGUAAUUAUUAUAAUGGUUUUAUUUUUUGUUAUGCAUUUGCACUUAUUGAAAAGUUUUCUUUGAUACAUGCAGCAAAAUUUGCAUUGUAUCUGUGGAAAAACCAGCAUUUAUUUGCUUAGACAGUAUUACCCUCUACAGUGCAACCUUUGGAAAGUAUUCCAUAUGCUGUAGUAAUAAUCAAAUUGCAUUUAUGCAAUAAGUUUUUUUUCUCCUUUUUUCUUUUUCUUUUAUCUUAUUUGUUUUUGCUGCUGGUAAUCAAAGUGUUUCGUCCUUGUAUAGGUAUUAAUUUUAUGGUCCCUGAAAGGGAGAUAAUGAUUGAAUUAUUUUUCCAAGCUGUACUUUAUCAUAACUUAGGGAUUUCUCUACACUGUAUAUUUAUGCACAAUUUAGAGGAGUUAGCCUUCAAGCACAUGUCCAGGAAUGAAGAAAAUGUGAGUGUCUCAUUAUUUUUUUAUGUUUGCUUCUAUGAGCCUAGCAUUGGAGAUUUGAAGAGAUCUUUGCCGUGGAUGCAACAUGCGUGUGCUCAUUUUUAUUUCACUUCUCACCCCAUGCAAACCAAGCAACAUCCUCAGUAAUCAGAGCAACAAAGCACACUCUUCAUUUGUCAAUCCUCAUCUGCCACCGCGCAGGGUCUUCCAAGGCUUCAACUUACUGUGAAACGUCAUUUCCUGUUCCAGAUGGGUUGGAGGAACAGAUACUGUUGCUUCUCUCUCUCUCUCUCUCUCUCUCUCUCUCUCUCUCUCUCUCUCUCUCUCUCUCUCUCUCUCUCUCUCUCUCUCUCUCUCUCUCUCUCUCUCUCUCUCUCUCUCUCUCUCUGUCUCUCUCUCUCUCUCUCUCUCUCUCUCUCUCUCUCUCUCUCUCUCUCUCUCUCUCUCUCUCUCUCUCUCUCUUUUCCGGUUUUGGUUUUAAUCAAAUCUGCGACGACCUUGUUGCUGAGGUUGACGGCAGGUGCGUACAGGGUCAUGUGGGGGCGAGUUCAUUGCAGGUAGGGCGGUCAGGGUCUUUCACUAAUUGUUACUCCUUAGAUAUACUGUUUUGUUGAACUUGGGGUUUAGGGCACUAACAUUCUUCCUCAUUAAAAGAAUGGUGAACAGGAACAUAGAUGGUCUUUUCAUAUUUGUAGUUCAGGUGUCUAAUAUUAUGCUCCUUUUAGGUAGAUUUUGUGAUUGUAAAUUUGUCUGUCUUACUACUUUGAAGGUUGAAUAACCAUUAUGCAGUUGUUUUGUUUUUUCUGUUUAUUGGAGCUUUGAUGCUAUUGAUAUAGUAGCUCAGUUUGUACAAUGACUGUGUAAUAUAUAUUUUGUCUUCUUAUGAUGUCAGUACAAGGUAUCUCAGAGCUCUGAGAGCAAGUUUUGCACGGCUGGUGCACUGUCACCAAUAUCUAUUUAAUUUUGGACAUAUCAUUCGUGGCUAGAGGGAGAAAUGGGCUUAUGGCUUGGUACAAAAAGGCCCAUGGACUGAGACUUGAUACAGGUUUUUUUAGUUUUCUUUUUUUUUUAAUAUCUGCAAAAAUCCAGUGUAGCUAGCUGAUUUUGUAGCCAGAUAGUGUUGAAAAUACAUUAUAAGCAUUCCUCUAUUGUAAUUUUAGGGUGGUGAUAGAGAGAUGUGUGCCAUGUCUCCAUGGGUUUUGUGCCAACAGGCUGCAAGCCUUGAAUGUAACCUUGUUGAAUACAGAACUAGGUAAAAUUGGACAGCAGUCCAACUUCUCAAGAAUUAGUGGAAAUUUUGGAUAAAACUUUUUUUUUCUUUGUAAAAAACAAGGUUUGACAGUAUCCCUCAAGUCUGUAGUUGUAGAUGAAUAAAGACGGAUCUGCAGAUGUCUGCAAUUUUGGGUCUUUGUUGUGUGUAUGUUAUAUCAAGCAUGAUUGUGUAUGCUUUGAAAGAUUUACUUGUGUACAACUGAAGGUUUAUAUAUAUAAGGGAGUCAUACCUGUAAAUACAAACCAGUACUGUAUGCAAGUGUGAAGACCAUUUAUUUUAUUGUACUUUAACUGAUAACUAACCAAAUUGUUAAUAUGGGGCUGGUAUGGAUGUACAAUGAUGUUCACCCAGUGACGCAAAUCGAGGAACAGUGGAAGAAAGUGAAAGCAAAAACUAGGAACCAGAACAAAAAACGUGUGUUGCUGGUCAUAUGAGCGCAGCAUGGAAGAUGUAGUGUGUGUAUUAAUCAAGGUAUUUAAUUAUGUUUUUAAGCCAUGAUUUGUGCAUCAGGAAACAUGAGGCACAAGUUGGAAUAGCUUUGUCAGUGGCCAUAUUAAUAUAAGGGAAGACUGUGUCGUGGGUCCUGUGUGCGGAGCCGAAGGAGCAGGCCGUUGGUCCACACUCACCAAGGAGCUCUGCCAGUGCAAUAUUUGCUGCAACACCAUGCCAAGCUAGUGGGGCAUGGCUGACUUUUUUGUCACAAUAAUCAUCUGAUAUACUAAUUAAUUUUUGUACAAUUGUAAUCCACUUCAAAAUACAAUUAGAAUUACUUCAAAUAAUCCUAGCCACUUUGUGUGAACUGGGAAAAAAAAUAUAAACAAAAAACAGAAAAUCUGUAGCCCAAAAUGAGAUCUUAUUUUCUUUUCCCCUUUGUAUGUUAAAUCUUUUUAACUGGGGAAUGUGUGUGGGCUUCUUGUCCGGCCGCAAAGGCUGAUGUUUCAUUGCAAAGUCCGGUGAGAUUAAAAUUGAAUUCUUGUCUGCUCCAAAAUACCAAACGAGAGAUACUUGUUUACAAAAUACAUUGAUUUAUGGAUGUGUAUCAGUAACUCUCAUCAUUGUAUUCUGUAAACUAGUGUGGUGAAUUGGUUUGAUUUCAGACCUAAGAAUUAUUUUGAAUCACUAUGUAACACACAGUAAAACAUAAUUUUUAUAUGCAUUUGUAAGAUGUUGAAACAUCACAGAACUUUCACUAAUUGAUUAAUUUUUCAUCCUCUAUCGUUUAUACUUCUGUAUAAAAAAGAAGAAAUGUUUUCAGUGUUGCGAACCUUGACUAUGUUGGCAGGACCCGACGGGAUGCUCAAUUACAGCUGGCUGUCUAGCAUACUUUCCCGAGGACUGAUUGGCAGUCAGGGUUGCUCAUGCUCACCCCUCUGCGCUAGUUGGUCAUGAUGAUCACAACUCUUUUUAAACUAUUUAUUUUUAGAUAUUUUAUUACCAGUUGCCACCGCGUGUAUUUAUUACAGAAAUCAGUAGCUUUAAAAAGGAUAGAUCUGUAUGUUAGUUACAGGAAUAGAGGUUUUAUUACAGUCGCUUCCACUGUCAUGGAUGGAGGUUGUUUGUGGAAGCUUUGUAGGUGUCCAGCACAAGUUACCAUUAAAUAUGUAAUCAUUUUUACAUAAGUUAAAAAAAGUAUUGAAGAAAGAAAACUGCAAUCAAAGUAUGUAUGUUAUGUCCCUUGUGUGGGGGAAGGGGCUAUCAUCUCACAUAAAAUUGGCCAACAGUCCAGGUUUGGGCUAACAUAGUCACAGGUUGGGAAUUCACCUGUUCUCUGUAUGUAAAUCACUGUCUUCAGUACCAUUUUUAUAUAAGUAUGAGUGCAAUGUUUUUUAGAACAAUUAUUUAAGUACAUAGACCUAGCAGUAUUAGUGUAUGCUACCCUCUGUUAACAUAGCUUAUGUAAAGGAACUGUAUUUGCAGAUGGAGCACAGGUGAAUUCACUGAAAUGACUGUCCUGUGUGUCUACUCAUUAUCUAGUACUACUUCUAAUAAACUUACACUUAUCGGACUUUAAGUAUGUAAAUUACUGACGUAUAAAUAAACUUAUGUCCGCA